AGACACGAUAACGAGGAUGCUGGCCCUGUCUGUGCCUAAACCCCCAUCUCAACGCGACGUUGGUCAUGGCUUCUUACUGGGGAACAGUCUCUUGGCGGGUGUGUCUUCUUGGCAAUAUACCCUCUCUGGGCAAAUACAAGUGUAUCCAUGCUGCUCUCCACAUUGCCAAGCAAGUUGCGUCUAUCCCGCUCCCCGAGCGAGCGAGCCAACGUUGAGACUCGCAGUGAAUCCCUCCUCUCGCAGUGAGCAGCGACCCAUCGCCACUGCACCUGAGCUCUGUCUUCUUGGCAUCCUGCGGGCCAUCCUGUUACGUUUCCCUUCUUCACCGUUGGCUUUGGAUCUUUCCGUCAUCGUGUCACGCUGUUGCCCCCUUGUGGCAUCUGAUCCUCUCUUGGCACAUCACCCGUGCGACUGCCAUGGAUUGCUGAGCGUCUGUCUCUCGCCCGAUGCCACUCAGCUAUGGAGAUUGUUGGCUUGGCAGAAGGGCAAACUGAAUAUUUAAGUCGUGUCGUGCUCCUCAGUGUAGUCCUAGGUUGCUCAUCCUUUCCUCGACUUUCGUAUAACAUUCGGAAACAUCCAG